CACAUCUUAUAACCUUGGAUUCUUCUGAACAAGUCUGGCUGUAACGAACACCGUCUAGAAACAAGAAAUGGAUCCUGAACUUCCGCUUGUGGUGGACAACGGUACUGGUUUCGUCAAGGUUGGAUAUGCAGGGUCAAACUUCCCCGAGCAUGUCUUCCCAUCUAUUAUCGGUCGCCCUAUUCUGCGCGCUGAGGAGCGUGUCGGAAACACUGUUAUCAAGGAUAUUAUGAUCGGCGAUGAAGCAGCUGAGAACCGUAAUUUCCUGCAAGUUACUCAACCCAUGGAGCACGGUAUUGUGAAGAAUUGGGAGGACAUGAAGUUGCUGUGGGAUUACACUUUCGAUGAGAGGCUCAAGGUCGACCCGAGGGGAAGGAAGGUGUUGCUCACCGAACCCCCUAUGAACCCUAAAACCAAUCGGCAGAAGAUGUGCCAAGUUAUGUUUGAGGAGUAUGGAUUCCAGGGCGUCUACAUUGCGAUUCAAGCCGUAUUGACGCUGUAUGCUCAGGGGUUGACGACGGGUGUUGUCGUGGACUCUGGAGAUGGUGUCACCCAUAUUGUGCCGGUUUACGAAGGCUACUCGAUGCCCCAUCUAACGCGGCGAUUAGACAUUGCUGGACGUGACGUUACUCGAUAUCUGAUCAAGCUCCUCCUCAUGCGUGGAUACGCGUUCAACCGAACUGCUGAUUUCGAGACGGUCAGAGAGAUCAAGGAGAAGUUGUGCUAUGUCAGCUACGACCUUGAACAAGAUACCCGCCUAGCAGAGGAGACCACCGUUCUCGUCGAAAGCUACACUCUUCCUGACGGCAGAACCAUCAAGGUCGGACCCGAACGCUUCGAAGCACCUGAGUGCAUGUUCCAGCCUCACUUGGUCGACAUCGAGCAACCUGGUGUUGCAGAGAUGCUGUUCGGUGCCAUCCAGGCUGCGCCAGUCGACGUCCGUUCAGAUCUGUACAAACACGUCGUCUUGUCUGGCGGUUCAAGCAUGUACCCUGGUCUCCCCAGUCGUCUCGAGAAGGAGAUGAAACAGCUGUACCUCACUCGAGUCUUGAACGGCGACCCGUCUCGUUUGAACAAAUUCAAGAUCAAAAUCGAGGAUCCUCCUCGUCGUAAACACAUGGUCUUCCUCGGCGGUGCUGUGUUGGCGGACAUCAUGAAGAACCGUGAAGACUUCUGGAUAUCGAGGGAGGAAUGGUUCGAGAAGGGCAUCCAGGCCUUGGACAAGCUAGGACGAGGUGAUUAAACGCAAGAUUAUCAUUCGUUAGCAGCUUGUUAGUAUGUAUAUCGGGUACUUAAUUCAACAUCAAGAUAUGUCUGGAUAUCGUCGCGGUCUACUAAAUAUGAAGCAGGAUGCUGUAAAAGGUCUACCUAGGCGUCUAGAUUCCCGUCGAAAGAAUCCCAGAAUCCAUCCCAAAGCUUUAGGACUCGGGCCUUAUCCACCUCUUUGCCCCUAAUUAUAUCCUGCCCCUGGAUCAAGGCGAGUUCUCUACCUCGCAUUCUUCGCGUCCUUCUCAAAGGAUCAACACGGUCCAACUCGUCGUCCGAAGGGAGCCGUUCCUCCG